CACAGUUGAUUACCUCCGUGUUCGCACCGUGAUAGGCGCUGACGAGCCAGUUGGCUGCACCCAUCUCAACGCCCACCUUCCCGGCCGGCCUCACCCACGUUCUACGCUGGCUGGAGCAGCAGCUGCAGUGUGCAGGGAGAGCCUCUACGGCCCGCAGGUCGGCGCCAGCCGCCUUAUACCCCCCCUCGGUUCGUGCGGCAUACCAGAGCGAGGCGGACGACGGCGUGCGCGACUUCCUCACCUACGUUGACGCCGUCGACGCCUAGCACCCCCGCCAGCACCCCCGCCAGCACCCUGUCCCUACGACUCUCCGCGUCUGCUUCUCGCAGCCCGACUACGGCGAUCAACUUUAGUCCUAAAGAGCGUUGAGAUCGGUGGUUUCGACCUCGGGGGCACCACAACGCAAGCGAAGUCAACCGCUUUACAUAUAGGCAGCGCAGCGUACGGACCGCAAUCAUGGCUUCCUGGGAUUGCUAUUGCGCCUUAUGCGGCGGUCCUCCCUGGGUGAUGCUACGUCCUGAGGUAGGCUCGGCAGACCCUGAGGCGCUCUUACUCCGCCGAGCCCGCAUUGCCAAGAAAAAGCGCCGACUCGCCGGCGAGCCUGACGUUCACGAAAGUGAUGACGAGAAUAACGCUAGGGCGAAAGAGUUGUGGGAAGAGAAAGAAAUUAGCGAGGCGGAAGAGAAGCGGUCUUACGAUCCAGAACUCAUUACACCAGGCAAUAUCGAGUGGUUGCGCAUGUGCCACUGCUUGGGCUUGGGUCCGAAAGCAAGGGUUUAUCUUUCACCUCCCGGAUACUAUGGUGAUUAUGGCGUCUUUUGCAUUCGGCCGAACGCUGAAGAUCUUGCAAACCUGGAUCCUAAUUUGCCGGGGGGGCCCCGUCGGGGCUUUCUUGAUGUAGAUUGCUACACUAAGAGGAACACCUUUGCAUGCUUUCCAUUCCAUACAACCUGCUACGAGAUUUUAGCUCGUGCGAUUUUCGGGAACCCAGAUACUACCCGCAUCGACAAAUAUGCUAUGUACAUGGCAAUGCAGCAAAUUCAAGUGGCGUCUGGCAGCCGUCAGCACUUAGGACUCGAUUACGGUGAGAUAGGAGGGAUGGAUCGAACCUGGAGCUCCGUUCCAGGAGAAGAGUACUCCGUGCACGAUCCUAGGCUCCGCCCAGAUAUUAGCAGGACUAUACAGGCCAUGCUUUCACCACAAAUGUUUGCUCAACCAUCUUGUCUCCCGGACCUAUCGCCAAAAGUUCACAACGACCCUUUUACGACACUCCCCUAUGAUAUUAUAGUUAUGGUUACUCCGUACCUUUCUGUCCAAGAUAUCUUUUCCCUCCUGCAAGCCUCCCUUCCAAUCAACAAACUCACAAACUCGCCCAACUUCUGGCAAUGGAUGAUCCGGGUCCACAUUCUUACCUGGUUCCCUGAAAUCGAGGACCUCUUUACUAGCUCUGAGGCGCUAGGCAACGAUCCGGAUUUCAAACGCGUAUUUCUCUGGUUGUUUAGCGUCACAAAGCCAGAAUUUGGCAUGAAGGGCCCAUUCAUAGGCAUUGCGAAUCGGCGUCGGAUUUGGAACGCCAUUCAGCCUUUGGCUCUUUUAUACCUGGAUAAAAUUCCUGGGCCUACGCCUUUACAGGAACACUAGUCUUCCAGUGUUUCCACCUCAGCGCGACACGGAGCUAGUCCAAUGUCUCCAAGCUAUCUCCGCACAGCGCAUCGCGGACAUUGACGAGCAACGCGCCCAGAUCUUGGCCCAAUCACCCAUGGUCAAUAGCCCAAACGUGGCAGAGCAUCAACAAGUCAGCGUUCUCGUGGAGCUACGUGUGUAAGGGGGAAAAGGAAAGGCGAACCGCAGCCGCGUCACCCAGGUUCAAGGGGGGGGAGGAAUGAUAGAUUUCUAUGUAAUUGACAUUGGGCGAUGUAAGGAGUUCUCAUAAUUCAAAACCACCCUUCCUUACUAUCUG